GCUCUUUCUUUGUUUGGUCAAGGCCUUGUUAUUUUUUUUGUUUGUUUGUUUGGAGUUGAGAACAGUGAACAUAGCUGUGAACUCGUUCCGAGAAGAAACAUCAACUAAACAUUUCACGCCUGUAAAGAACCUUAUGAUUAGUGUCUUGUUUAAUCAUUUCUCUGACAAUUAAUUAACUGAAACCCACCCCCAUUUCUUUAAUUAAUUUUUUAAGCUCUGUCGAAAACCUUCGGAAACAGAGCAAAGUUCCUUCUUUUGAGAGUCCUCCCAUGCGUUGAGAAAAAGUUUCUUGAUUUUGCCAAAAAAAACUUCUCUUUUUGGUUUUCUUUGCUUUGUUAAUGUAUUGUUGAUAAUCACGCAAAACAAUGUUUAUGCUCAGAUAUGAACUGGGCGGCACUCAACAACCCAAAUCCUGAAGAAAAGGAGCCAAAAAGCAGCGAUUUUUAUCACCUGGGCGCUAUAGAUUUGCCAGAAAAACCCAGAAAGAUAGAUUUUUGGCGUUCUGGGCUAAUGGGUUUCGCCAAGAUGAAGCAGCAGCAGCAACAGCUUCAGCAUUCAGUGGCGGUGAAGAUGAACAGCAGUAGCAACGAGCAAGUGGGUAACAAUAAAAAGGGGUCGACUUUCAUACAGGAGCAUCGAGCUUUGUUACCAAAGGGUUUGAUUCUGUGGACCAUCUUUGUUGGGUUCAUAAGCAGAGGGAUCUACCAGUGGAUGGAUGAUUCCAGCAAGGUUAGAAGAGAAGAGGUUUUGGUUAGUAUGUGUGAUCAGAGGGCGAGGAUGCUGCAGGAUCAGUUUAGUGUUAGUGUUAACCAUGUCCAUGCUUUGGCUAUUCUCGUCUCAACGUUUCAUUACCAUAAGAAUCCAUCUGCAAUUGAUCAGGGGACAUUUGCGGACUACACAGCGAGAACAGCGUUUGAGAGACCGUUGCUAAGUGGAGUGGCCUACGCAGAGAAAGUUGUGAAUGCUGAGAGGGAGAUGUUUGAGAGUCAGCAUAAUUGGGUUAUAAAGACGAUGGACACAGGAGAGCCUUCACCGGUCAGAGACGAGUACGCUCCUGUCAUAUUCUCUCAAGACAGUGUCUCUUACCUUGAGUCACUCGAUAUGAUGUCUGGCGAGGAGGAUCGGGAGAACAUUCUGAGAGCUAGAGAGACAGGGAAAGCUGUCUUGACAAGCCCUUUUAGGCUGUUGGCUUCUCACCAUCUAGGAGUUGUGUUGACCUUCCCUGUCUACAAAGCUUCUCUCCCUAAAAAUCCUACUGUCCAGGAGCGCAUUGCAGCCACUGCAGGGUACCUUGGUGGGGCGUUUGAUGUGGAGUCUCUCGUUGAGAAUCUACUCGGACAGCUUGCAGGUAACCAGGCGAUAGUAGUGCAUGUGUAUGACAUCACCAACGCAUCGGAUCCGCUUGUCAUGUAUGGCAAUCAAGAUGAAGAAGGCGACACAUCUCUCUAUCAUGAAAGCAAGCUUGACUUUGGAGACCCUUUCAGGAAACAUAAGAUGAUUUGCAGGUACCUCCAGAAGGCGCCAAUACCGUUGAACGUACUCACAACAGUGCCGUUGUUCUUUGGUAUUUGCUUCCUUGUUGGUUACAUACUUUACAGCGCAGGCGUGCACAUUGUUAAAGUGGAAGAUGAUUUCCACGAGAUGCAAGAGCUCAAAGUCCGAGCAGAAGCUGCUGAUGUAGCUAAAUCGCAGUUUCUCGCCACUGUGUCUCACGAGAUCAGGACGCCUAUGAAUGGAAUUCUCGGCAUGCUUGCUAUGCUUCUUGAUACAGAGCUUAGUUCUACUCAGAGAGAUUACGCUCAGACCGCGCAGAUUUGUGGCAAAGCUUUGAUUGCGUUGAUUAACGAGGUUCUUGACCGUGCCAAGAUCGAGGCUGGGAAGCUGGAGUUGGAAUCUGUGCCUUUUGAUAUCCGUUCAAUACUAGAUGAUGUUCUUUCUCUAUUCUCUGAGGAGUCAAGGAACAAACGCAUUGAGCUUGCGGUUUUUGUUUCAGACAAGGUACCAGAGAUAGUCAAAGGAGACUCAGGGAGAUUCAGACAGAUCAUCAUAAACCUCGUUGGAAACUCUGUUAAAUUCACAGAGAAAGGACACAUCUUUGUUAAAGUCCAUCUUGCGGAACAAGCAAAAGAUGGAGCUGAGUCUAACGGAGUAGUGUCUGAAGAUAUGAUUGUUGCUUCCAAACCGUCGAGUUACAACACACUGAGCGGUUACGAAGCUGCUGAUGGUCGGAACAGCUGGGACUCAUUCAAGCACUUGGUCUCCGAGGAGGAGCUGUCGUUGUUAGAGUUCGACACUUCUUCCAGUAACGUCAGGCUUAUGGUUUCUAUCGAGGACACAGGUAUUGGAAUCCCUCUAGCUGCGCAGGGACGUGUCUUUAUGCCGUUUAUGCAAGCGGACAGCUCCACUUCGAGAACCUAUGGAGGUACUGGGAUUGGUUUGAGCAUAAGCAAGUGUCUGGUCGAGCUUAUGCGCGGUCAGAUAAGUUUCGUGAGCCGUCCGCGUAUUGGAAGCACGUUCUGGUUCACUGCUGUGUUUGACAAGUGUGAGAAAUGCAGUCUGAAGAAGCCUACCGUUGAGAAUCUUCCUUCUAGUUUUAGAGGGAUGAGAGCUAUUGUUGUUGAUGCUAAGCCUGUUAGAGCUGCUGUGACUAGGUAUCAUAUGAAAAGACUUGGGAUCAAUGUUGAUGUCAUGACAAGUCUCAGAACAGCGGUUUCUAGUGUUACUGGAAGAAACGGUUCUUCUCCUCUUCCAUUAGGAACAACGAAACUAGAUAUGAUCUUGGUGGAGAAGGACUCGUGGAUAUCUACUGAAGAUAUAGACUCGGAGAUACGUCAGAUGAACUCAAGAACCAACGGAAACGUGCAUCACAAGACACCGAAACUGGCUCUUUUCGCGACGAACAUCACCAACUCGGAGUUCGACAGAGCUAAAUCAGCAGGGUUUGCUGAUACCGUGAUAAUGAAGCCGUUGAGGGCAAGCAUGAUCGGCGCGUGUCUACAGCAAGUUCUUGAGCUGAGGAAGACGAGACAGCAGCAUCCUGAGGGAUCAUCACCGGCAACGCUCAAGAGUUUGCUUACAGGGAAGAAGAUUCUGGUGGUUGAUGAUAAUAUGGUGAACAGGAGAGUAGCUGCAGGAGCUCUGAAGAAGUUUGGAGCAGAGGUGGUGUGUGCAGAGAGUGGUCAAGUUGCUUUGGGUUUGCUUCAGAUUCCACACAGUUUCGAUGCUUGCUUCAUGGAUAUUCAAAUGCCACAGAUGGACGGGUUUGAAGCGACUCGUCAGAUAAGGAUGAUGGAGAAGGAAGCUAAAGAGAAGACGAAGCUGGAGUGGCAUUUACCGAUUCUAGCCAUGACGGCUGAUGUGAUCCACGCGACAUACGAGGAGUGUCUGAAAAGUGGAAUGGAUGGUUAUGUCUCUAAACCAUUCGAAGAAGAGAAUCUCUACAAGUCUGUGGCCAAAUCAUUCAAAGCUAACCCAAUCUCAGAUUUAUCAUGUAGCCAAAGUUGAAGAAGAAGAAGAAAAAGAAAGAAGAGUAAGCUCUUUUAUGAUCAUCGUGUCGGCAAAACAAACAUGCAACUGGGUGGUUCGAGUGUACAUAUAGGGUUCAGAGAUUUUGAGAGUUUGCUUUUGAUCAGUAAUAGUAAUGUUUGUGAAACGACGGUUCAGGUGUUGAUAUUAAUCCUUACCGGAGUUCGAUUUGUACCGAAUCCUUUUUGUUUUUUAUUUUAUUUAUUUCAAGACAUACUAAUAAAUAUCGAUUCAUUCGGUA